AGCCAAAAUGGCAGCAAAUUAAGAUUAGAUAUUUGAUGAACAAUCACAAGAAGCCACAAUUAAUGAAGAGUACAAGAUAUGGAAAAAGAAUGCUCCAUUUCUAUAUGAUUUGGCAAUCAGUCAUCCAGUUGAGUGGCCAUCCUUGACUGUGUAGUGGCUGCCAAAGAAGGAAACACCACCAGGCCAGGAUUACUCAAUUCAUAAAUUGAUAAUUGGAACAAAUACUGGGGAUAAUGAGAUGAAUUCUUUGAUGAUUGCUAAAGUACAGAAAACCAAUAGUAUUUUAGGUUCGAUUACCAAAAGAUUCUGAUGUCCAAUAAGACCCUUCUGAAUAUAAAUAGAAUGAGCCAAGCGGUAUAGGCAAGGCUACUGGGGAAAGUAGAAUAGAAAUUGAUGUAAGAAUAAACCAUGAAGGAGAAGUAAACAGGGCAAGGUACAUGCCAUAAAAAUCAAAUAUCAUUGCCACCUUCACACCUAAAGGAGAAGUCCAUAUUUUCGAUUACAUAAAGCAUCCAUCAUAGCCAUCCAACAAUUUGGUCAAACCUGAUUUGAAAUUAGUGGGACAUCAAAAAGAAGGGUAAAAGAUAUUAAAUUAUCAUAAUAGAUUUGGUAUGUCUUGGAAUGAAUAGAAAUUGGGACAUCUCUUAACUGGAGAUUACGAUGGUAAAUUAUGCAUUUGGGAUGUUGAAACAAAUGCACCAGAACCAAAAUAAACAUUUUAAGCAAAUAAUUUAUAAAUCGAAGAUGUCAGUUGGCAUAGGUUUCAUCCAGAAAUCUUUGGUUCUUGUGGAGAUGAUAGACAUGUGAGAAUGUAAGAAUUAUCAAAUAAUUUAUAGUUGGGAUACUCGUAAACCAUAACCUUUGAGUGACAUUCAAACUCAUGCAGGAGAUAUCUAUUGCUUAGAUUUUAAUCAUUUUAAUGAAUUCUUUUUUAUUACUGGCUCAGAAGACAAGAGAAUCAAUCUUUUCGAUAUGAGAAACACUGAAAAACCAUUGCAUACUUUUGAAAGUCAUGGUGAUUAGAUCUUAUCUUUGAAAUGGUCACCACACAAUAUGAAAAUAUUUGUUAGUAGUUCAGCUGAUAGAAGAUGCAUGAUUUGGGAUUUUGGAAGAUGCGGAAAAGCUCAAACACCAGAAGAAGCUCAGGAUGGACCUCCUGAAUUAUUGGUAAUUCAUCUAUUCAUUCAAUUUAGUUUGUCCAUGGAGGACAUAGAUCUAAGGUUUGUGAUUUAGAUUGGAAUCUUAAUGAAAAAUAUAUCAUUUCUAGUGUAGAAGAUAAUAAUAUUUUAUAAGUUUGGUAAUUGGGAGCACAUAUUUAUUAAGAAUGA